CGCCCCAACGACAUCAUCCUCCUAAUCUCACCCAACUCCAUCCUCUUCCCCCCUCUCUCCCUCGCCGUCAUGUCCUCCGGCGCCAUCUUAUCGACCGCAAACCACCUCUUAACCCGCCGCGAACUCAUCUCCCAAGUCCAAGACUCCCGCCCAUCCCUCAUUCUCACAACCCAAUCCCUUUACCCGAAACUCCUCGGCCUAAUUCCCCGCCCCCCCGUCCUAAUCGACCAAUUCCUCCAAACCCUAACUCCCUCCCAAACCCUCACAACCACACCCAACCACGCCGCAGCGCUAAUGUACUCUUCCGGCACCACCGGGCGCAGCAAAGGCGUGAUUUGCACGCACGGCAAUCUAAUCCAUAUGGCCUCCGCGCUGCGGCGGAUUUGGGGGACAAGGAAUGAAUCGGGGAAGAAGGACGUGUACUUGUGCGUGAUUCCUCUGUUUCACAUGUUUGGCUUCUCGGUAUUUGUCUGCGGGGCGGUGGCGGCCGGAGCGACGGUGGUGGUGAUGGAGAGGUAUUCGUUGGAAGGCGUGCUGGAGGCGGUGGAGAAGUGGGGGGUGACGAGAAUGCCGGCGGUGCCGCCGAUGGUGGUGCAGAUGGUGAAGAAGAGGGAAAUGGCGAAGAAGUACGAUUUGCGGUCUUUGAAAGAGUGUUAUGGCUUAACAGAAACUAGUGGACCCAUAACACUUUGUGAUGGAGUGGAAGGUAAUUUACACCAUUCAAUUGGUAGGUUGAUACCAUCCAUUGAAGCCAAAAUCAUUGAUGUUUGCACUGGUGAAUCUCUUCCUCCAAACAAAAAUGGAGAGUUAUGUGUAAGGGGACCUCCAAUGAUGCAAGGCUACUUAAACAACCCAGAAGCUACUUCUCUUGCCAUUGAUGAUCAAGGAUGGCUUCACACUGGUGAUCUGUGCUAUAUUGAUAACAAAGGGCUGGUCUACGUGGUUGAUAGGAUUAAAGAGCUUAUAAAGUAUAAAGCUUAUCAGGUUGCUCCAGUUGAGCUAGAAGAAAUUCUAUCGACCCAUCCUGGAGUUGAAGACGUGGCUGUGACAUCGUUUCCAGAUGAGGAGGCUGGUGAGAUUCCUAUGGCAUGUGUGGUGAGGAAGGCAGGUUUUGAGAUGCAGAAAGAUGAAUUGGUUGCUUUCAUGGAAGACAAG